AUGGUGCUUCGGCACCAAGAAGAAUCGGCUCAUGAGCGGGUCCUGAAAGACAAUAUUCGCAAAGAUGAUGUCUUCGACUAUAUCAUCAUAGGCGGAGGAACAGCCGGAGUGGCACUGGCAACGAGACUGAGCCAAGGAUUGCCAGACCGCAGCAUACUUCUCAUUGAGGCUGGCCCAUCAGCCCCGCAUGAACUCAAGAUCAAUGUACCUGGAAUGCGUGGGUCUACCAUUGGUGGGCCAUUCGAUUGGAACCUAACCACUGUUCCCCAAAAUGAAUCCGCAAGGCGAGUUCUCAUAACGCCCCGUGGAAAGAUUCUUGGAGGCAGUUCAGCGUUCAACUUCAUGCUGUGGAAUCGUGGCAGCAAAGCAGAGUACGAUGGAUGGGAGGAACUUGGAAACACGGGCUGGAACUGGGAUUCUAUAAGAGAAAGCAUGAUGAGCUCGGAGAACUUCACCAAUUUGAGUCCCGAUGAGGCCGGCGACGCAGGUCGAGGAACGGAUGGCCCAAUACACACAGCUAUCAGUCGGUACAUAACAAAGCAACAGCGCCUUUUUAUCUCGGCUCUGGAACGCCUGGGAGUCCCUCAUAAUGUUGAGUCCUUGAACGGUACACCGCUGGGGGUCAUGAACCACCCGAGCAGCGUCGACAGCAUUACCUGGGCACGAUCGUACAGUGCAAACUCGUACCUACCUCUUGCUGGGUCAAACCUUCAAGUUCUUCUAUCGACACAGGUAGCGCGAGUGAAUCUUAAAACUAGCUAUAAUACGAAUGUCAGAGCAGCUGGAAUAACGCUAAGUGAUGGCUCGGUGAUCCAGGCAAGCAAGGAGGUCAUUCUGUCGUCGGGGAGCCUACUCAGUCCCGGCCUCCUCGAGCUAUCUGGCAUUGGAAAGAAAUCGGUCUUGGAUGCAAUUGGCGUUGAUCAAGUUGUCGAUUUACCAGGUGUUGGAGAGAACCUGCAAGACCACAUUCGGAUUUCAAUGUCCUAUCGACUGAAGCCAGGGUAUAACUCGUCGGACGAGCUGUUGUACAAUGCUACAUAUGCUGCUGAACAGUUGACGCUAUGGAAAAACCGUGAACUGACUGUCUAUGACGGCGUUCCAAAUGGGAUUUCCUUGUUAAAUUGGAAGCAAGUAAUCGGUGAUGAUUCAGGUCUUCUUGGACUCGCGGAAGAGGAGUUUGGACAGUCACGGAACCCCGUUGUGCAAAAGAAGUUACAGUUAGUCAAGGACGAUUCUGUGGCAAAGAUAGAACUUGUAUUCCUGGAUGGCUAUGAAGGCCUUCAGGGGUAUCCGGCCCCAGGAACGCCUCACUAUGGGGAGGGAUAUUUUACCAUUGUGGGUGCGGCGAUGCAUUCGUUCAACAGAGGCAGCGUCCAUGUAUCAUCGCCAGACAUUAGCCGACCACCUGAGAUUGAUCCCCGCUACCUUUCUAGCGAGUACGACAUUCAGGCCCUUAUAGAGAUUGGGAAGUAUGUGCGGAAGGUUGCACAGACUGAGCCCCUAGCAAGUGCCCUCAUAACCGAGCACGAGCCGGGGGCUACACUUGUCAGCACAGACGAACAAUGGCGCGAGUAUAUCAUCAACGCCACAAACUCCUUCUAUCACCUGACAUCAACCUGUUCCAUGCAACCCAAGGAUGAUGGAGGGGUGGUAGACCCGGAGCUCAAAGUUUGGGGCACUGACAAUUUACGCGUCGUCGAUGCAAGCGUGAUCCCCGUUUUGAUUGCAUCUCAUACUCAGACGGCAGUCUAUGCGAUUGCAGAGAGGGCUGCACAGCUUAUCAUUGAGGGCUCACAAUCUUGA